AUGGUCUUAGCAGAAUAUCGCAAGGUGGCUCCCGGAUCCAUAUAUAUUGAUGUACAACCUGUGGUGAAAACUAAGCCAACCAUGCCAGUGUGCCGUGCGGUGAGAGUAGAUCAAAUGGUUGCUCAGGACGUCUUCGAACUUUGGACCAAGGGGACACACGCACUACUCGCCAUGGAGACUGUUUCAGACAGUGCACUUACAACGCGAGAACAGUGUCCACAGACGCUGACCUACGUGUGCUUCUCGAAUCUGCAGAGCUUAUCCAGAGCGUAUCAAAUUGUACAUGACUGCUCUGCAGAAGACCAAAAGCAGAAGGAGCGACGUAUGAAAGAUGAAUGA